AUGGUGCAGCAAACGAACAACGCCGAAAACACGGAAGCGCUGCUGGCGGGGGAAAGCUCAGACUCGGGCGCCGGCCUCGAGCUGGGCAUCGCCUCGUCCCCCACGCCCGGCUCCACCGCUUCCACGGGCGGCAAGGCCGAUGACCCGAGCUGGUGCAAAACGCCCAGCGGGCACAUCAAGCGGCCCAUGAACGCCUUCAUGGUGUGGUCGCAGAUCGAGCGGCGCAAGAUUAUGGAGCAGUCGCCCGACAUGCACAACGCCGAGAUCUCCAAGCGGCUGGGCAAACGCUGGAAGCUGCUCAAAGACAGCGACAAGAUCCCUUUCAUUCGGGAGGCGGAGCGGCUGCGCCUCAAGCACAUGGCUGACUACCCCGACUACAAGUACCGGCCCAGGAAGAAGGUGAAGUCCGGCAACGCCAACGCCGGCUCCUCGGCCGCCGCCUCCAAGCCGGGGGAGAAAGGCGACACGGUCGGUGGCAGCGGCGGGGGCGGCGGCGGCGGCGGGGGCAGCAACGCGGGGGGCGGAGGCGGCGGCGCGAGCGGCGGCGGCGCCAACUCCAAACCGGCGCAGAAAAAGAGCUGUGGCUCCAAGGUGGCGGGCGGCGGGGGCAGUAAGCCGCACGCCAAGCUCAUCCUGGCGGGCGGCGGCGGCGGGAAAGCGACGGCCGCCUCCUCCUUUGCGGCAGAGCAGGCGGGGGCUGCCGCCCUGCUGCCCCUGGGCGCCGCGGCCGCCGACCACCACUCGCUGUACAAGGCGCGGACUCCCGGCGCCGCGGCCUCCGCGGCGGCCUCGGCCCCCGCCUCGCUCGCGGCCACGGGCAAGCCCCCGGCCGAGAAGAAGGUGAAGCGCGUCUACCUGUUCGGCGGCCUGGGCGCGGCGGCGUCGCCCGCGGGCGUGGGCGCGGCGGCCGACCCCAGCGACCCCUUGGGCCUGUACGAGGAGGGGGGCUCGGGCUGCCCGCCCGACGGCCCGAGCCUGAGCGGCCGCAGCAGCGCCGCCUCGUCUCCGGCUGCCGGCCGCUCGCCCGCCGACCACCGCGGCUACGCCAGCCUACGCGCCGCCUCGCCAGCGCCGUCCAGUGCGCCCUCGCACGCGUCCUCGUCGGCCUCGUCCCACUCCUCCUCUGCCUCCUCCUCCGCGGGCUCCUCGGCCUCCGACGACGAGUUCGAGGACGACCUGCUCGACCUGAACCCCAGCUCAAACUUUGAGAGCAUGUCCCUGGGCAGUUUCAGCUCGUCGUCGGCGCUGGAUCGGGACCUGGACUUCACCCUGGAGCCGGGCUCCGGCUCGCACUUCGAGUUCCCGGACUACUGCACGCCCGAGGUCAGCGAGAUGAUCUCGGGGGACUGGCUCGAGUCCAGCAUCUCCAACCUGGUCUUCACCUACUAACGGCGCGCGCUGGAGAGGAGGGCCGGGGUGACAGUGGGAGAAAAAGUGGACAGAGAGAGUAGAAAGAGAAAAGGGGUGCGGGACAAGGAGAAGGGGGGAAAAGUGAUGAGCGGGGCCGGUUUGCCCGCGUCGAGGUCGCGGAAGAGGAGCGCACGGCGUUCGGGGACCUACGCUCCCAUCCCCCACCCCCUCCGGGAACGCGGUGGAGACCGGCGACCUUUUAUUGUUGUUGUUGAUGUUGUUGUGAUGGCAGAAAAAGCUCCUUCGAAUGUCCUCCCUUUUGCGUGAAGAGACCCCCCCCUCCCCCCGGCCUUCCGGACAGGUCUGCACCCCAGCGAGAAGCCAAGUGGGAAUUUUCUGGAGACUGAAGGAAUCUCGUCCCUCUCUCUUCGCCCUCUUAGUGUUUUUAUUUUUUGUUUCUUGGUCAAGAGUGGAGGGGGCGGGUAAAAAGAAGAAAAAAAAAAUCUAGCGCGCCCCUGGGGACUUUGUCCUCAGCACCCCCCCUCCUUUUUUUUUUCCUGGAGAAGACCCAAGGCAUGGGGAAGCGAGUUUGACCGACGGCAGAUGUUUUGGGGCCGCGGAGGCCCGAGAGCCGGGAUUGGGAGACUCCACGCCGGCCAAUGCCCGUCUUUUUUCCUCCUUUUUCCCCCCCUUGUCCCUGCAGCCGGAGGCGAUGUGGAGUGACCAGCGCUCGAAAAUGACCUGAGAACCUGGUUGGAAGAAGCCACACCGGCGGGGGCGGGGGCGACAAGGACGCGAACUGGAAAGGGGCGAAUAACAAACAGAGACGGAUUUGCACGUUGGGGAGAAGGUGGCGGCAGCUCGGGGCCCCAGCCUUCCACGUGGAUGAAAUCAACGAGGGGACCUCCCGCGCCCGCGGGAGGAGAGAGGCGACUGUUGGAUGAGGUCCCGGGCAGUGGAGGGCGAGUGGUUUCGGGGGGGAAAAGGUUUUUUUCUUCUCUUAAUUGGAAUCGUGAUGGUGUUGGAUUAUUUCACUGGUGGGGUUACUAUAGCAUGUUCUCCUGUCUAUCUUUUAAAGAUUUCUGUAUGAGACUGUUGAGCAGUUUUUAAAAUAGUGUAGGAUAAUAUAAAAAGCAGAUAGAUGGCGCUCUGUUUGAUUCCUACAACAAAAUUAUCACCAGCUUUUUUUCAUUCUUAACUCUUUAAAGGAUUCAAACGCAACUCAAAUCUGUGCUGGACUUUAAAAAAACAAUUCAGGACCAAAUUUUUUCUCAGUGUGUAUGUGUUUAUUCCUUCUAGGUGUAAAUGAGAAGACGUGUUUUUUUCCCUCACCGAUGCUCCAUCCUCGUAUUUCUUUUCCUUGUAAAUGUAAUCAGAUGCCAUUUUAUAUGUGGACGUAU